ACUCACGGCCCGCAGCCCAGCACGAACCCGAAAAGUGAGCCCGGUCUCGGCCCGGUUAGGCUCUGAUACUAAUUCCUCGACACGUGUCGCUGGCUCUCCAUCCUCCUCCUCAUUCGGGUAGUGUGCUCGAGGGUUCCUCUUCCUCCACUGCGCCGCCGCGAGCCUCCCGACCCCUCCGUCGCGAUUCUGCGAAAUCCGGCGGGUUCCUACGCGAUCCGAGGCCAGAUGGGAGAAGGAGAUCCGGAGGGCAGCGUCGUCGGAGCGACGGAGACCUCGACCUCGCCGGCGGCCGCGGCGGCCGCCCCUGUGAGGGACAUCAGGCGGUACAAGUGCGAGUUCUGCGACGUCGUGCGCUCGAAGAAGCGGCUGAUCCGAGACCACGUCCUCGAGCACCAUAAGGACGAAGUGGAUGGUCUGAAUGAGUACAACGUAGGUGGUGGUGGCGGCAGUGCGCCGCCGGGCAAGGAGAUCGGCCAUGAUUGCAAGGAGUGCGGCGCGAGGUUUAAGAAGCCGGCGCAUCUGAAGCAGCAUAUGCAGAGCCAUUCGCCCGAGGCUGUUUAAUUGUGUGAAGCAUUGGAUCCCAAAGAACUCCAAAAUGCGAGAGGGCCCUGAAUGGACUAGUACCAGGAUGGGGAGACCCUCCUGGGAAGCUCCUUCAGGAAGCCUCUUUCACGCCCUUCUUCAGACUACAUGUUCAGAUAUGAAUGUGUGAAGCAUUGGAUCCCAAGAACUCCAAAAUGCCAGAAGGCCUUGAAUGGACCAGUAUCAGGAAGGGGAGACCCUCCUGAGAAGCUCCAUCAAGAAUGCCUCAUUCACGCGCUUCCUCAGAGACCCUUUGCCUGCCAUGUAGAUGGUUGCCCUUUCAGCUAUAGCAGGAAGGACCAUUUGAACCGCCAUCUGCUUACUCAUCAAGGAAAACUAUUCAUGUGCCCUAUGGAAGGAUGCAACCGUAAGUUCAGUAUCAAGGGUAAUAUCCAGAGACAUGUUGAGGAAUUUCACGAGGAUGGCCCUCGUUGUGGAGGCAAGAAAGAGUUCAUCUGCCCAGAGGCUAACUGUGGGAAGGCGUUCAAAUAUGCUUCCAAGCUACAGAAACACGAGGAAUCACAUGUCAACUUGGAUUACACUGAAGUUAUCUGCUUCGAACCAGGCUGCAUGAAGACUUUUACUAAUGUGGAAUGCUUCAAGGCCCAUAACCAAUCGUGUCAUCAGUAUGUUCAGUGUGAUAUCUGUGACACUAAACAGCUUAAGAAGAACUUCAAGCGGCAUCAGCGAAUGCAUGAAGGUUCAUUUGUCACUGAGAGGAUUAAGUGCAACUUCAAGGAUUGCAAGCGCUCAUUUUCAAAGAAAUCCAAUUUGCACAAGCAUAUUAAGGCAGUUCAUGAGCAGAGUAGACCUUUCACAUGUGGAUUCUCUGGGUGCGGCCAGAAGUUUUCAUACAAGCAUGUACGGGACAAUCAUGAGAAAUCUAGUGUUCACGUGCUUUUUGAGGGCGACUUUGUGGAGGCUGAUGAGCAACUCCGACCUCAUCCAGGCGGCCGCAAGAGGAAGCCCAUUUCAGUCGAUACUUUCAUGCGGAAGAGGGUAGCUGCUCCUGAUGCUCCGCCUGCUUACAGUGAUGGAACUGAGUAUCUGAGAUGGCUUUUGUCAGGUUGAUUUGUCCUGAACUGGAGGAAAGAUGCUAUGUUUUUUUGGAUGAUCGGGCAUUCUUCUGUACUUUGAAAUGUCCGCAUUAUUAUUGUCAAUGUUAUGUGUGUAGGAGUGUGUAUGUAUGUAUGUAUAGCUAAAGGAAAUAGAUUGGCAAUAACAGUAUGUACUGUGUGUCAAAUAGGGUAGCAAUUGGCAAGCAAGUCCUUUUUCUUUUCUUGUUCAACUGUAUGAAGUAUGAAUAAAUGAAGAUGCGGCUUCCGCUUAAGUAAUGAUGAACACCUAUCGUGUUUUAGAUGUAUUAA